AUGCUGCAUGUGCUUCAUGAGGGGCCAUGGUCGUUCGAGAAUGCUUCGCUAGUGUGUCGUCAAGUUUGUGCUGGUCUCCUGCCGGGUUCGAUUGUUCUGGAUUCUUUGGAUAUGUGGGUUCAAUUGCAUGAUGUACCCAUGGGUUACACGUCGGGUGUGAUCUUGGAACAGAUCGACAAUUAUCUUGGUUCUUUUAUUCAGUUGGAUGAUCGGUUCUGUCUCAAGGCUAGAGAAGCAGCAGUUCCAGUUGAGCUUUACCCGUAUGAUGCAUCGCUGCGUGCGGGAGGCAGCAGGGGGCCAUGCCCGGUUGGGGAUCGUUGGCUGUUACCGGCGGAGGGGCCGACUCAGCAGGAGUUUACGCCGGAGGUGGAGCCUGUUUGCGCUCGGGAGACGGAGCCGAUCGUGGUUGCGGUCUCGAAGCGUUGGAGGGAGGGCUCCAGUGGCGGUGGUCGAAGGGUUGGUGGCGGUAAUGGUGAUGUGACUAUGGCAGAUGUUCCAAAAAACUUGCAGCAGGCAGUUCGGGAGGUUAUAGACCUUGUGUCUAGUAAGAAGCCCGAUUUUGUCUUCCUCAUGGAAACCAAGGUGAGGAGGGCACAUGCUAAGCGUUUACGUAUAAAACUUGGUUUUGAAGGUUUAUUUUACGUGGAAGGAGUUGGUUUGAGUGGUGGUUUAGUGUUGUUUUGGAAGAAGAAUAAUACUGCCCGGCUCAUAAGCUUCUCAAAGAAUCAUGUUGAUGUGGAGGUAUCACUAGCGGGAUUUGGUGUUUGGCGCAUGACUGGCUUUUAUGGAUUUCCAGAGCGGAACAGAAGGAGUGAAUCCUGGGACUUGUUACGGUCCUUAGCUACUAGGUCCACUCUCCCUUGGGUGGUGCUUGGUGAUUUUAAUGAUCUUCUGUUUCAGCAUGAGAAGCGUGGUGGUAAUCCACACCCCGAGGCUCUUUUGCGAGGGUUCGGGGAGGCUAUUGAUGACUGUCAGUUAUCUCAACUACCUAUGCACGGGUAUCGGUUCACCUGGGAGCGGGGGAAAGGUACUGCGAAUUGGAUGGAAGAGAGGCUUGAUAAGGUUCUCGCAGGAGCUGACUGGUGUGACUGUCUUCCACAUGCCCGUGUGACUAAUCUUCUUACUAGAUCGUCUGAUCAUUCCGCUCUGUUUCUGAAUGUUCAGGCCGAUCAGGUAAGGCAUAGAAGUUUCAGGCGGUCUUUCAAGUUUGAGAUGGCAUGGCUCCAAGAUGAAGGUUGUAGGGAGCAGGUGGAGGGUGCUUGUCAAGAGGCCACGAAUGGUGGAUUGCUAGGUUGUCUGCGCCAUUUCGGUGCCAAAUUGUCCAGGUGGGGAGGAGACCGCUUUCACCGUUUUGGUGAGAAGAUUAAGAAUCUUCGGAAGGAGCAGCUACUCAUCAGGGACUCCAGGGAACCUGUUUCACUUGAGGAGUUUCAUCGCCUUGAGUUGGAAAUUUGUCGAUUGGAGGCCCAGGAGGAUGCUUUCUGGAAACAGAGAGCGAAGCAACACUGGUUGAGAGGUGCUGAUGCCAAUACGAGAUUUUUCCACAGGUAUGCUUCUGCCCGAAAAAAGAAGAAUACUUUGACUAAGUUAAGAAAUGAAUCUGAUGAAUGGGUGGAGGGUGAUGGGCUUAAUUCUCUUGUGUUGAGUUAUUUUAAAGAUAUCUUUGCAUCUAAUAACUUAGAUCCUGUGGAUUCGUUUACUGCUUCUGUGCUUCCACGUGUGUCUGUGAGUCAGAAUGAGACCCUUUUAAGGCCUUUCGAGGCGGAUGAGGUUAAAGCUGCACUUUAUUCUAUGUUUCCUGAUAAAGCUCUAGGCCCAGACGGAAUGAACCCGGGGUUUUUUCAGCAUUUUUGGGAGUUAGUAGGCGCAGAUGUCACAUCGUUUGUGAUCAAAUGUCUAAACGACUGUUCUUUCCCGAGUGGUUUGAAUGAUACAAAUGUCGUCUUGAUUCCCAAGAAAAGUCACCCAGAGAAGGUGUCUGACCUCCGGCCUAUUGCUGUGUGUAAUGUAGUCUAUAAGAUUAUGGCUAAGAUGAUUGCAAAUAGGAUGAAGCCUUUGUUAGGAGAUAUCAUCUCUGAAUCACAAAGUGUUUUCAUUCCUGGAAGGCUCAUUACGGAUAAUAUUUUGAUUGCUGCUGAGGUUGGGCAUUUUUUGAAUAGAAAGCAAGGUGGGGUUGUUGGCUGGGGUGCUCUCAAACUUGACAUGGCCAAGGCUUAUGAUCGCAUGGAGUGGCCCUAUCUCCGGGGUAUGUUGCUAGCUCUGGGGUUUGCGCCUGAGUGGGUAAACCUGAUAAUGUUAUGUGUUACUACAGUUUCAUAUAGUUUUCAGGUCAAUGAAGGUUGGUCGUUGUUAUUACAGAAGGCUGAGCAACAAGGUUUGAUUCAUGGUUGCAGAGUUGCGAGAGGCGCCCCACCUAUUUCGCAUUUGUUCUUUGCAGAUGAUAGUCUUUUGUUCUUUAAGGCUAAUGUGCAUGAAGCAGGUGUGAUUAAACAGUGUCUAACUGAAUAUGAGGCUUUAUCAGGCCAAGCUGUCAACUUUAACAAGUCAAGUGUAUGUUUUAGUAGGAACACAAGCAGAGAUGAUAGGGAGGGUGUUGUGUCUGUGCUGGGUGUGGAACAAGCUCCCAACUUCGGUAAAUACCUUGGUUUGCCAGCAUUUGUUGGGCGGAAUAAGAAGGCCGUGUUUGCAUAUGUUGAGGAUAAAUUGAAUCAAAGGGUGGGGACCUAG